UGAUAAAAAAUGCAAUAGCAUGUUCAUGUUUAUGUUAAUUUUCUCACGACACUCUUUCUUCUUUUCUCUUCUCUUCUCUCACACCAUUUCCCUAUCAAAAAACCUCAUCAAUGAAGAAAACCAACAAGCCUAACUCAUCUUCCCAAUGACACCAACAUCACUAACACUCAUUUUCUCCUUCAUUUUCACCAUAACCACCGUCAACAGCCUCGGCACCGCCACCACUACCGCCAUCAUCCACAACACCUCCACCAUCUGCGGCAUAGUCGCCGGUAAGCCCUACCAAUACAUCCAAUGCUACCAAAACAAAAAACUCAUUCCACCAAUACUCCCCAACGUUUCAUUUCAGUCCAUAUCCGGUGGCCGGAGCUUCUUCUGCGGCCUCCGGUCUAAUGGACUCAGCCUACACUGUUGGAACACAAGGACACGGAAGUCUUUUCUCAAACCUAAAAGGGUGUAUCAUAGUGAAAAUGUUCAGUUGAAUGAUGUAGCUGUUGGUGAUGAUCAUGUUUGUGCUAGAGAGUUGCACUCUGGUGUGGUAAGGUGUUGGAGAGGUUAUGGUGAAACUAAUGGAUUCAAGUUUCCUUCUCCUGAUGAAAAUUUUCGGUUUCGAAGCAUUACUUGUGGUACUGGUUUUUGUUGUGGGAUAUUGAAGGAGAAUAGUAAAGUUUUUUGUUGGGGUGUAAAUGGUAAAAAGGGUGUUGAAAAAGAGAUUCAGAAACAGUUUGGGAAUUUAUCAAUGUCAACAUUGGUUGCUGGUGUGUCACAUGUUUGUGGUUUAACUCUUGAUAAAGUUUUGGUUUGUAAAGGUGAGAAGAACAAUGAUUCUGGUAAGCUAAAUGUUCCUUUGAAUUCUGGUUCAGUUUUUUCAGGUCUUGCUUUAGGAAAAAAUUUCACUUGUGGUAUUAGAAAAAAGAAUGGAUUUGUUCUAUGUUGGGGUGGUUUAUUUGAUAGUGGUGGUGUGAAUAAUCAUGUGAUGAUGAAAAGUGUUUCUUUUGAGUCAAUUGUUGCUGGUUUGGAUUUUGUUUGUGGUUUGAGUAUUAAAAAUUUGUCUCUUAUUUGUUGGGGUAAUACUAAUGAGGAUGUUAAUGUUCCAUUGGGAAUGAUUCUUCCUGGUCCAUGUGUUAGUGAUUCAUGUAGCACUUGUGGUGUGUAUCCAAAUUCUGAUUUUCUUUGUCAAGGUUUUGGAAGCAUUUGUUAUGAUUGUCGAACCGAGUUACCAUUCGCGGUGCCGUUGCUACCACCAUCAACAUCACCACCUAAGAAUCAAUCUUCUAAAGGUGUUGAAGAAAAAACUAACUUGAGAGGUUGGAAAUUGAUGGUAUUUAUGAUUAUUGGAUCAGUUGGUGCUUUUUCUGGUUUAUGCACUUUUCUUUAUUUUCUUAUGAUUGGUGCAAGAAAAUUGUUAAAGGCGAAAAUCGAUAAUUCUGUUCAACCUACAAGUAGUGAAUCUGAUGAUGCUUAUGUUGAUAUAGCUCCAAUGCCGAAUAUUGGAACAACGGCGUUAAGAUCUUUUUCUAGUAAAAGACAUAGUUCAAGUAGAUUAAGAAGUGGUUCAUCUUCAAAGCAAUUAGACAGAACAGAAAAUUUCACAUUUUGGGAGUUAGUUGCAGCUAGUGACAAUUUCUCAUUGGGAAAUAAAAUUGGUGCUGGAAGUUUUGGAUGUGUUUACAAAGGGAAGUUAUUAGACGGUCGUGAAGUCGCGAUUAAAAGAGGCGAUACAAGCUUGAAGAAGAAGAAAUUCCAAGAGAAAGAAACAGCUUUUGAUUCUGAGUUAACACUAUUGUCAAGGCUUCAUCACAAGCAUUUGGUGAGACUAAUUGGUUUUUGUGAGGAGAAUGAUGAGAGGCUUUUGGUGUAUGAGUACAUGAGUAAUGGAUCAUUACAUGAUCAUUUGCAUGAUAAGAAUAAUGUUGAAAAAAAUAGUAGCAUUUUAAAUUCAUGGAAAAUGAGAAUCAAAGUUGCAUUAGAUGCUGCAAGGGGAAUUGAGUACAUUCAUAACUACGCGGUACCACCGAUUAUUCAUCGAGAUAUUAAAUCCUCAAACAUACUUCUUGAUUCAAAAUGGAAUGCUAGGGUUUCCGACUUCGGAUUAUCGUUAAUUUGGCAAGAAACCGAACAAGAUUCAAUGUCGAAUAUAAAAGCGGUCGGAACCGUUGGUUACAUAGAUCCUGAGUACUAUGUUUUAAAUGUUUUAACAACAAAAAGUGAUGUUUAUGGUUUAGGUGUUGUGAUGUUGGAGCUUUUGACAGGUAAAAGAGCAGUGUUUAAAACUGAAGGUGGUUCAAGUCCUAUUGGUGUGGUGGAAUAUGCAGGGCCAAAGAUAGGUUCAGGAGAGGUGUGGAAUUUAUUGGAUCAUAGAGUUGGAAUACCAGAAGUGAAUGAAGUUGAAUCUGUUGAGAUUAUGGCUUAUACUGCUAUGCAUUGUGUGAAUUUGGAAGGAAAAGAAAGGCCUAAUAUGGUUGAUGUUGUUGCUAAUUUGGAGAGGGCUUUGGCUUUUCUUGAGGGUAGUCCUAGUAGUUUUUCUAUGUCUUCAUUUUCUGCCACACUUACAUGAAAAAAAAUAAGAAUUAUCUAUAGAUGCAAUAAAUUCUUUUAUUUUUGUUACA